UUAAAGUAUAAAUAUCGUCCCUAUUGUUCAAUUCAUAAUCAAAAUUUAUUUAAAAGGCUUUUCAACUCAGACAUAUUAGCAGACAGCUUCUAGGUCGCCAAUGGCAACCGAUUUAAAAGCUUCGUUGCGUCCCACUCGCUAUGCGUUGUCUAGGUAACGGAAUAAGAAAGGUUGGACUAGAAUCAUAUGUGCCGAUUUCUCCGAAUCAGCUGGAGAUGAUUGCGUAACGGCUUCAUUAACAAAUAUGUCGUAUUGAAGUUAGUAGGCCACUUAGUAAUAGCUUUGUUUUAAUAUGUCAAAACAAAGUAGGACGUACUUGAUGGAAUGGCGAGAUUAUGAAGUUAAUUUAACUCGCAUAGGCAUUAAUUACCAAGCAGAUAUUCCUCAAAUAAAUCCCCCAGCGGCACUACAUUCUGAUUAUGAAAAUGGUGAUCAGCUGCUUUGGAAUCCCGCAAUCUUACCAUGUGGGAAAGUAAAAAACUAUUUAAAUACUGCCAAAUCCUUAUUUUACAACGAGCAUGGCGAGGAAAAUGUUUUGCUCGUUCUGCAUCAGAGUAACUACGAUAUCGACAAAGCUUUGGAAUGUUUCUUGAGACCACGUGGUUUAGAAGUUCAAAACGGCAAGUGGUCAGAAAAGGAAUGCCGCAAUUUCGAAGAAGGAUUAAGGAAACAUGGAAAAAAUUUCAGAGCUAUUCAGAAGAUGGUGCUGACCAGAACAAUUGAAGACAUCGUGGGUUUUUAUUACCUCUGGAAGAAAACUGUGAGAUACGAUGUAUUCAUGCAAGACUUAUUUACCAAUAAACGCCACAUCAAGAAAAAAUUUCAGAAGAAGUAUAAUCAUGUGACCGAAUUCGGCGAUAUUUUAACUACACGUGAGCAGUUGGCUCUUAGCAAAAAGCAUUCACAGAAAAAAACUAGGCGCCGGAUUAAAUGAAAUUCCAAAUACUUUGGAUAAACGAAGAAAAUUUUCUCUCUGAUUAUCAUAAGAACAAAUUACUCAAAAUGUACAGAACGAUGCAAAAUAAUUAUUCUCCAUGCCUUAUGAAUCUGAAUAUGUUACAUGGUCAACUGAAUAUGGUUAUGUUGGAAUUCACAAAACUGGAACACAUUGGUUGACAAAAAGUAAUAUAUUUAGUCAUCAAUAAUAAUAAUGUAAUUUAGUGAUCCUGGAAUAAUUAGUUACAAAUAUAAAUUAGUCCAGCUACAAAUUACCAGUCGCCAACGACCCGAAUGUGAUAUCAGUUCACAUUUCAAGUCGAAUGUGUCAAAUAUGAUUUUCAGAGGUACGCACUGUAAAUAAAUCUAAAAAACUUAU